AUGCGGCACCAUAAGUUUGUGGUGAGAGAUGCUUCCUUCACAAAGCUGUGCAGCACAAAGAAUAUCUUAACAGUAAAUGGAGAAUUUCCAGGGCCAACAUUGUAUGUUACAAAAGGUGAAAGCAUAAUUGUUGAUGUGUAUAACAGAGCUAACUAUAACAUCACCAUUCACUGGCAUGGAGUGAACCAACCAAGAUAUCCAUGGUCUGAUGGCCCUGAAUUCAUUACUCAGUGUCCCAUUCAACCUGGUGGUUUGUUCUCUCAAAAGGUUAUCUUUUCUGAAGAGGAAGGCACACUUUGGUGGCAUGCUCAUAGUGAUUGGUCUCGUGCUACUGUUCACGGUGCUAUUGUCAUUCAACCCAAGCCUGGACAUACAUAUCCAUUUCCAAAACCACACAAAGAGGUUCCCAUUAUACUAGGCUUUGUUGUUGUUGUUGAAUGGUGGAAGGAAGACAUUGUCCAAGUUUUCAAUAACUUUGAAACGGGGGGAGGAGAUCCUCUUGCUUCAGAUGCUUAUACUAUCAAUGGCCAACCUGGUGAUCUUUAUAAUUGCUCUAACAACGGUAUGUUAAUUAUAACAGUUUCGGUGAAUUCAUUACCAUGUUCAACAUGCGAAGCUAGUCAUAUACCAGGGAACCGCCUUGCAGCAAGUGUAAAUAACAUAAGCUUCCAAUUGCCAUCGGGAAACAACAUUUUGAAUGCUUACUAUCACCACCUUCAAGGUGUAUAUACACAAGAUUUUCCAGACGUUCCACCAGAACUAUUUGAUUUCACUGCUUCCGAUUUGUCCCCAUUUCUUACAACUCCAUCGGUAGAUACAGAGGUGAAGGUGGUUGAGUAUGGGUCCACGGUGGAGCUUGUUCUUCAAGGGACUAAUUUGCUGGCUGGUACUGAGCAUCCAAUGCACUUGCAUGGCCAUAGUUUCUAUGUAGUUGGAUGGGGAUUCGGAAACUUUGACAAAGACAAAGAUCCUCUCACAUAUAAUCUUGUUGAUCCUCCUUAUCAGAAUACCAUCGCUAUACCCAAAAAUGGAUGGGUAACCAUAAGAUUCAAGGCACAAAAUCCAGGUGUGUGGUUCAUGCAUUGUCACUUAGAGCGACAUGUGAGUUGGGGAAUGGCUAUGACUUUCAUUGUCAAAGAUGGAAAGAAUCCUGAAGAGCAGAUGUUGCCACCACCACCAGACAUGCCACAAUGUCAAAAUAUUCAUUCAUUAGUACAAAAAUUAGAUUCAUUCUUUUUUUAGUUUUUUUAUUGCUUCAUUAUUUUUAGUCUUUCAUUAAACCAUUGUCAUUAUCUUGGAAUAACACAUA